UAAAAAGUGAGGAAGACAGUGAAGCACCUCGCUCGGCCCGCAGGCUGCACCGAGUAUUGCACCGUGGAGGGUAACAGAAAAAUAAAUGUUGUCCCAAUACCACGCUGAAAGAUUGUCGUCGUCCUUAUAAAUGUGCACUAUGAGCGGGUUACCGGGGACCGCCGUCGUCCAGGUCACCAACCUGUCCUCGGCUGUGAGCAGCGAGCAGAUGCGCACUCUGUUCGGUUUCCUGGGAGACAUCGAGGAGUUGCGGCUCUACCCACACGACAAUGCUCCUCUGUCUUUCUCCUCCAAAGUGUGUUACAUAAAGUACCGAGAGCCUUCCAGUGUUGGUGUGGCGCAACAUCUCACCAAUACUGUUUUUAUUGACAGAGCUUUGAUAGUAGUUCCAUGUGCGGAAGGGAAAAUCCCGGAGGAGGCCAAGGCUUUGUCACUUUUGGCACCUGCCCCCCGGUACCCCAGUCUGAUUCCUGGCGGGGGAUUGCUGCCAAUUCCUACUCCAGCUCCACUUCAGAACCUGAACCUUCCCUUAGUGAAUCGGAUAUCAGCUGGUCUCGACUCAACAGCAUCGGUACACUCUCAGCCCCCGCUCAUCGGAAACGUGGAUCCCUCAAAAGUGGAUGAGAUCAGGAGGACGGUAUAUGUCGGCAACUUGAACUCACAGACCACCACUGCAGAGCAGCUGUUGGAGUUCUUUAAGCAGGUGGGAGAUGUAAAGUUUGUGCGUAUGGCUGGAGAUGAGACCCAGCCAACACGCUUCGCCUUCGUAGAGUUUGUUGAGCAGGACUCUGUUGCCAGAGCCCUGACGUUCAAUGGAGUCAUGUUUGGAGACAGACCCCUGAAGGUUAAUCAUUCCAAUAAUGCCAUAGUAAAACCCCCAGAGCUGACACCGCAGGCUGCUGCUAAAGAGCUAGAAAGUGUGAUGAAGAGAGUGAGGGAAGCCCAGUCUACCAUUGCUGCUGCCAUAGAACCAGAAACAAAGAAGCGUUCCUCCAGUCGGUCAAGAAGAUCACGGCGGUCACGCUCCCGUUCACACUCCAAAACACGGAGGAAAAGGUCUCGCUCAAAACACAGCAGACCAUCGCAGAGGUCGUGGCCAGGGAGUGACUCCCACAGUUCCAGAGGCAGUCACAGGAGGCGCUCUCGCUCCAGAGACAGGAGACGCAGCCAGAGUCGCUCCAGAGGCCACAAAAGGAGGAGUAAAGAACGAUCCAAGAGCCCUCGAAGGAAAGCCAGAUCACCUUCACUGAAAAGAGGUAAAAGGGAGAAGAGGAGGGAGCGCAGCAGGGACAGAAAGGAGCGCUCCACAUCGAGGAAGAGGAGUCGCAGAGACGAGGACAGGAUGAAGAGCAGAGCCAAGCCAGUGAAGGUGGAAGUGGACUAUGACAGAGAAGGGAAGGAAGAAUAUGAAAGCGACAGAGAAGACUCAGCCACACCAAGCGAGGACAUGACGUCGUCACCCUGCGCUCAGCACAACGGCAGCUAUAAGACUCACCACGAGCAGGACGUCUCUGUGGAUUCACGCAGCACCAAGUGACUGUUAAAGCACCUUGGACACUCCUGCUCCAGCAAAGUAUCCUAACGCCCAGCGUGUGCGUAUACAUGCAUAAACACUGAAUAACCACUUAACAGUCACACACCUCUCUCAUUAUCAUCUCCUGAUUUCCUCCUUUUGUACAUUCUUGACAACACAGAUUCUUGUAGUUCAACUCAAAUACCCACCUAAAGG